AUGGCGUUCCAGCUCCAAAUCCAGCUGCAGCCUGCCGAGCAGCUUCUCCGCGAGUUUUUACUAGAGGCCGCCCAGCAUUUUCCGGGACUCGAGAUUUGGAUCACAGGAGGCUGGGUUCGGGAUCGCCUAUUAGGGAUACCUUCCUCCGACCUUGACCUGGCGCUGAGUAAUCUGACGGGCAAAGAAUUCGGCACGUUUCUGCAGACCUUUUCCGCAACGCCAGAGAUCGAAGCCAAAUACACGCAAAAGGCAGCCAAGCUGGGCCUAUCCCGACCCUGCUUCUCGCGGUUUCACAUCACAAAGAAGAAUGCCAAAACGUGCAAGAAGCUGGAGACGGCCGGAGGUGUCCUGUUUGGCCUCGACGUGGAUCUGGUCAAUCUGCGGAAGGAAGUGUAUGACGGCCAGAGCCGGAAUCCGGAAAUGGAGUUUGGUACCGCUGCCGAGGAUGCAUCUCGCCGUGAUGCGACGGCCAAUGCGUUGUUCUUUCAUCUGGAAAGGAAAGAGGUGGUCGACUUUACUGGCCGGGGCCUCCAGGAUCUCCAGGCCAAGAUCAUGAGGACGCCUCUGGACCCCAAACAGACCUUGUUGGAUGACCCUCUGAGAGUCCUCCGUCUGAUUAGAGUGGCCGGCAAACUUGGAUUUUCCGUCGCCCCGGAAACUGCCCUGUGUAUGCAGGACCCGGAAGUGCAUGGCGCCCUCGACGCAAUGAUUACUCGCGAUAGAAUCGGUGCCGAGCUUGUCAAGAUGAUGACGAAUGAAAAUUCAGAGGCUAGUCUCAAACUCCUAUUUGAAUGCCGCCUUUAUUCACCCGUAUUCGUUCGGUUGGACUCAGCGUUACUCCAGCUGCUAGCAGCGCAGUGUUCUUCGUGGGGAAUUCGGUCUGCCUCUUCAGCGUGGCCAACACCCUUACCACGAGCAUACCGAACUCUUGCCCGGCUCUUAGAUGGCGGAGGCAGCUUAUCUUCCUUGAUUAUUCCAGACGACAAUAGACAUCUUCUCUGGAUAUUAGCGGCCUACUCACCAUUCGCCAGAUUGCGCCACACUCUACGCCAAGAGAUAGUACGAGAAGCAGCCAGUUCCAUCAGGGCUCCCGCCAGGGCAGUGAAACUUCUUGACGAGUCGCUGCGGAAUUUCGAUUCCAUUCGCAAUACAGUCAAUCGCUUACAUCGCUCCCGAGGCGAAUGUGGCAUGGCCAUCCGCUCUUGGGGGCCAGCAUGGACCGCUCAGCUCGCAUUCGUCAUGUUGGCGGAAGCGCUCGACGAAGAUGCAACAGACGACGAUGCCGCACGAGGCUGUUCCGAGAAUUUAUGGGAGAAAUUUUCGAGGUUCGCAGUAUACAUCUCUCAGGAGAAGCUGGAAAGGGCGUCGCUGGAGAGACCUCUUCUAAACGGCAGAGAAAUACAAGAGCUGUUUGGGCUCGAAGAGGGUGGCAAAUAUUUAAAGGGCAUAUUAGAUGAGUUGAUUCAAUGGCAAUUCAAUCAUCCUUCAGCCGCCAAAGACGACUGUCAGAACUGGCUCAGUCAGAAGAAAGACGACCUCUUAACGCCGACAAGCCGUUAA